CCUCCUCCUCCGUCCGUCCGUCCAGCAGGAGCUCCGCGGCGGCGGCGCCAUGGGCUGCACCGUGAGCGCCGAGGACAAAGCGGCCGCCGAGCGCUCCAAGAUGAUCGACAAGAACCUCCGCGAGGACGGAGAGAAGGCGGCCAGGGAGGUCAAGCUGCUCCUCCUCGGAGCAGGAGAGUCUGGGAAAAGCACAAUUGUAAAACAGAUGAAGAUUAUCCAUGAGGAUGGAUACUCAGAGGAAGAGUGUCGGCAGUAUAAAGCCGUGGUUUACAGCAACACCAUCCAGUCCAUUAUGGCUAUCAUCAAGGCAAUGGGAAACCUGCAGAUUGACUUUGGGGAUCCUGCAAGAGCGGAUGAUGCCCGCCAGUUGUUUGCACUCUCUUGCACUGCAGAGGAGCAGGGAAUCAUGCCAGAAGACUUGUCCAAUGUGAUCCGGAGACUGUGGUCAGAUAAUGGAGUCCAGGCCUGUUUUAAUCGUUCCCGAGAGUAUCAGCUGAAUGACUCCGCUGCAUACUACCUGAAUGAUUUGGAGAGGAUAGCCAGAGUGGAUUACAUUCCCACCCAGCAAGAUGUGCUGAGGACCAGAGUGAAGACUACAGGCAUUGUAGAGACUCACUUUACCUUCAAGGACUUACAUUUCAAGAUGUUUGAUGUGGGGGGCCAGAGAUCAGAGAGAAAGAAAUGGAUCCAUUGCUUUGAAGGAGUGACAGCCAUCAUCUUCUGUGUUGCUCUCAGUGCAUAUGACUUGGUUCUGGCCGAAGAUGAAGAGAUGAAUCGGAUGCAUGAGAGCAUGAAGCUGUUUGAUAGCAUCUGUAACAACAAGUGGUUCACUGAUACAUCCAUCAUCCUCUUCCUCAACAAGAAGGAUCUCUUUGAGGAGAAGAUCAUCCAUAGCCCCUUGAGCAUCUGCUUCCCAGAGUACACAGGGGCCAACAAAUAUGAUGAAGCUGCUGGCUACAUCCAGAGCAAGUUUGAAGAUCUAAACAAGAGGAAGGACACCAAGGAAAUCUAUACCCAUUUCACUUGUGCCACUGAUACCAAGAAUGUGCAGUUUGUCUUCGAUGCUGUCACUGAUGUCAUCAUCAAAAACAACCUGAAGGAUUGUGGGCUCUUCUAGCUCUUCAGGUGACACCUGCUGAGGAAAUCAAGAAGGAUUACUUGAACUGCUCCAUAUGAGGAAGAGGCUGGUAUUGAUGAAGGGAGGACUGCACCAUUUAACAACUUCUGCUUCUUAAGUUUCUGUUUUGUUCCUUUUUCAUUUUCCCAAUGAGGAGAGUUUGGCAACUCUGUCUGUCCAAGGGACAGGCCCCAUUGCUUUCCCUGCUCUGUGGCAUCCCAGGUGCCUCUUGCAGGCCAUUUCUAUCCUCUCCCUGUGCCCACAAAGCCUUACUGAAGCACCAAUGAUUGGUGGCCUGCCAUAGCUGUAACAUUUCCGUGUAUGUCCUUUUCUUUCCUGUUAAGCUGAAGUGCAGAAGGUAGCAGGUCAAGAGGCGCUGGAUAUGUUUUUAAUGUUGUUGCUUACAUAUUUUGAAAGAAACAAUUUCUAAAGAUUUUUUUGUUUGUUUCUGUUUUUGUCCAAGCAGCCCUCAAUCUGGCUCUGCCAAAGCAAUCCACUGUCCCCAUUUGUUUUCCACUUUCCAUCAGGGGUAGCUCUUGCCAUGGGGCAAGCUUCUCAGCCCCUACCUCUGUAAUUUGCACAGACCAGCAGGAAAUCAAAACAUUCCUCAAAGAAGCCAAUUUGUGCAGAAAACUUCAGUAUCUUUUUUUUUUGAAAAAAGGAAACCUUUUUGAAAACCUUAUUUAAAAUGUCACAUAGUUAACAGUUGAGUUGCCCAAUAUGAAUUCAUCUUCUCUAGUAAAUUUGGUGCCUUGAGGGUGUCUGUAUGUUUACAUCUGUUCCUUAGUUUGCUUCAACGUGCAUUGUGUUUAGAUUAGUAUGGAAUUGGUCCCCCUUCCCCCUUUUUUCCAGCCCUUUUCUCUCUUUCUGCUGUGGUCCAGGGUGAGCUUUUUAUGGGGGGCGGGGGGCACCCAAGGAUCUAAAACACAUUUUUUCCUGGCCACAGGAGUAGGCUCCUAAGGGCUAAGAUUCCACUAAGGACUAAGCAAUGUCAAUGUCAACUUCUUUUCAUUCCUUUGUGCCCCACCCCAGGGCCUGGGGGGUUGAUCCUGAGGUUGCUGUAAUGUCGGGUCUAUUUUAAAGAAUUUUCUUAGCUCUAACUGUAGCGUCCGUUGAGGAAACACUGCUGUAUGUAAGCGGUCCUGCCUGCCUGCCUGCCGUGCAAUCGAUGGGCACUGGGGCCAUUAGUAACCGUCAAGACGCCGCCUAGCUUUUAUCACAAUGUUUUACCAAAUUUGUUCACAAUGUUUGAAAUAAUAAAAGGUAGAAAGAAA